GACAUCGAUGUUUUGGGCGGCCGUUACAACGGCAAAGUAUCGAUGUUACAUCGCCGCUCUGCCAUCACUAGCCAGUCCGCCGAAAGUAAAUAAAUUAAACGGACGCCAAGUCGAAGCUUCCCCAGUUCCCCGGAUGCAGUGCAGCGAGCUCUGGGUCACUGAGUAUCCUGCGUGGACCUGGGAUUCCGAAUCGGCUUCCGCCCAGGAUCCGCACCCGAUCUCGGCAUCCGCAUCCGCAUCCGCAACCGCUUUCACCUCCCACCGCGCACAGCAUCCGCAUCCGCAUUCGCGGCAGCAAGACAACGUCUGUCCAUGAUGAGCACCAGCGAAGCAAGCGGCCACGGAAGUGGAAUCCGGAAUCUGAAUCGCAAUGGGAAUGGGAAUGGCAACGAGAAUGGGAACCUAAGUGUGAUGCAGGACCUGCAGCACAAGUACGCCUUCCUCGAGAAUCUCUUCAGCAAGUUCUGGAAGUCCAUCAUCAAAUCGAACUCGAAUCUCAAGCUGCAGCUGCGCAAUGUCAAAUGGAAGAAUGCCAAGGCAAAGCCCGGUUGUGCCUACCAGCCAACGGAGAUCGAGCAGGUGGCCAAUGUGAUUACUCACGGCAUUUGGAUACUGCCCGCCGUGUUUGCGGCCAUCACACUGUUCGAGCGCUCAUCCAGCGCCAGUCAGUAUCUGGUCUCCUGGGUCUACGGCGGAGCCCUGUGCAUGCUCUUCACGGUGUCCACCUUCUUCCACUGCUCCUGCUACUGUGCCGAACACAGACCACCGAGGAAUGCCAAGGCGUGGCCCUGUCUCGGCUGGCAGACGUACCAGGGUCUGAAGAACGUGCUCCAUCGCUGCGACAGGGCCAUGAUCUAUGUGUUCAUUGCCGGGUCCUACUUCCCCUGGCUAACGCUGGAGAACACCGACCAUUCGGCCAUACUCUUCUGCAUGGAAUGGGUCAUCUGGCUGAUGGCGGGCAUAGGAAUCGCCUACCAGCAGGUCUUCCACGAGCGCUACAAGUGUCUGGAGACGUUCUUCUACCUGGUAAUGGGCCUGGGACCCGCUCUAGUGGUGGUGUUCACUGGCCACCACUUCCAUGGGAUGCUGCAGCUGAAGUUCGGCGGCGGCUUUUAUAUACUGGGUAUUGUGUUCUUCAAGGCGGACGGCACGAUACCCAUGGCCCAUGCCAUUUGGCAUCUGUUUGUGGUGCUGGCCGCCGGUUGCCACUACUACGCCAUCCUGGUGAACCUUUAUCCCAGCGAGGCAGCCACGGCACCGUGAGCGAAUCGCGACAAAGCAGCGGGGGAAUGCAGCGAAUUUAGACCUUAGAGUACUUAACGACAGGGAUUCGAUGUUGUCAGCCAUGUGUAACGUAUUCCUAUGAUGUACCCAAUGUACCCGAGUCUCUGCUCCACAAUUAGCCAAAUUUUGUUCGAGCGAGGACGCCUAGUUGUAGCCAUUAGCAUUACGAACUAACUAAAUCGAAACGAUUCUUGUGAUCAGUAUCUGCGGUCUUGCCAAAGAUUCAAGUUGUGCGAGUGCUCAUGUCUCUCUCUUUCUCUCCCUCUCUCCCUCUCCCCCUCAAUUUAACUUGAUAUUAUAUUAGGUAUAUUCAUAUAUUUACCAUCCACAUGGUCAUCCAUGUAACCAGUGUCUCUCAAAAGACUUUGAACCGUACUCAAAAGGCGAGGGGAACGAAUAUUCAACUUGUACAAAUAUCCGAGAGAGUUUACGACCUGAAUUUCCACGCCCACCCGGCGCCUUUUCUUGAACACUAGAAGCCCGCCUAACCCGCAUUACAUUAUACAUGUUUAUACAGAUUAUACAGAUAUACUAUAUACGUUAUACCCAUAUACACAUAUAGUUAGAAUUAAGAGGACGUGCGAUCAGCGAGCCCAGCCCCUUUUGGCCAGUUUCAUCGCCGAGCUCAGGGACAAAACGAUGUGUUCGCAGAUACUGAAUAAGGUGAUUUACAAAUUUACAAAUACGCUUGAUAUUUUGGGGCCUGGCUCGCGAUCGGCGGAUAUUGAUUUCGUGUACUACUCGUAUUUAUGGUGCAAAUCGAUUACUUUUAAUGCGUAAACUCUAGAGCUGAGGGCUUCUAAUAAAUUGUUUAUUUCCAAAUGAAAGCAAAAUGCUCAGCUUUUUGUGGGUUGCUCAAAGAAUUGUCUAUUUUCAAAUGUUACUCAUGUACAUCUUAUUUAGCUUUAAAUAUGUACAUAUAUUUUUUGGU